AAGUACAUAACAAAAAUGUGCUGUAAGCCUCUUUCAUCCUCACCGCAAACGGUUAAUUUCUAAGCAAUACAAUCUGAUGUAAGUCUGGGCAUGGCUGCGGCAGAUUUCCCCAACCCCCUUCUCAACCUCCCAUCAUACAACCCCUUGCUCUAAAAUAAUUUUACACUACGGUGGGGGCCUUUAAGAAUAUUAAGGUAGCCAUAUUUGUUAGAUUUGAGUGGCGCGCUGCAGUGCAGGCACAGUGCGCGAGCCAUCCGCGUGUACUCUCGAUGGAGAGACAGUCAGCAGGCAAGUCUCACUUCGUGACAGAUUGAAGAAAAAAUAAACAUGUUAUAAUGCAACUUACACUAGCUAUACACCCCCUUUUUUGUAACAAUGUGAAUAUUUUUGAGAGGGAGGGGAGAGAAGAGAGCGAGUGCCAGAGAGAAAGAGAGAGAGUGCGAGAGAAAGGAGGAGAAGGAGGGGGGCGUUCUGAAAUAAUAUAGUCAGCCAUUUUUUAUGUAAGGGGAUUUUUCUUAUUGGGGGGGUUGUUAAAAAAUAAAUAUAAGGGCGGCCAUCUUUGUUUCUCUGCCUUGUAGUGUAAAAUAUUCCAAAACGCCCCCCACUUUUUUGAGUGUCGAUUUGAAUAUUAAAUAAAUAUCAUAAUUCGGGAGGAAUACUCUUUUUGAUUUCGAGGACGGGGUCGGUGACAGGAAUAUAAUGUCCUCUCCUCUACGCGCCUGUGAGGAAGAUGAGGGCAUGUUGGCUAAUUCCGAGGGAGGAGAUUUUGAUGAAGAAGAAGAGGACGACGGAGACCUAGACGAGAACGCAAGCGACAUAAACUCGCCGGCGGCGCCUAGAGAAACUGCAACACUAGCCGCGCCAGACGACUGCGAAGAAGGGGGGCACACUUCAGACAGAGACAGCUUUGGGAAAAAGAAAAGAGGCCCUAAGAAAAAGAAGGAGACAAAAAAGAAGGACAAGGAUGGCAAGGCGGCUAAGGCGAGGAAGCGCAAAAAAAUUGAAAGUGAUGUAGAGAGGGACUCCGAGAGAGACUAUGGGGAAAACUCAGACAGCGGUGCAAGUGAUUAUGGAGGGGCAGAAAAGAAGAAAAAGAAGAAACACAAAGAGAAGAAAGAGAAGAAGACAAAAAAGAAGAGGAAGGAGGACGGUGACAGUGCCCACGAGGAAACUGUAAAGCCUGUGGAACAGAAGAACUCUGCCCAGCUGGCUCGAGACUGGGGCCUAGAAGAUGUGGAUCACACCUUCACCGAGGAGGACUACCACACGCUCACCAACUACAAGGCUUUCAGCCAGUUCAUGAGGCCGAUGAUAGCCAAGAAAAAUCCCAAGAUACCCAUGUCCAAGAUGAUGACCAUUCUGGGGGCCAAGUGGCGGGAGUUCAGCUCCAAUAACCCCUUCAAGGGUUCCGCCGCUGCCGUGGCAGCAGCUGCGGCCGCAGCCGCGGUAGCUGUUGCCGAGCAGGUCUCUGCGGCAACUGCCUCUCCAGAACCCCCUCCCCAACUUCCCCCACUGCGCAAGGCCAAAACCAAAGAGGGCAAAGGAGUCGGCUACAAGAAACGUAGCAAAAGCCCACGCGUCCAAGACAAGAAGGCCAAGGCCAAGGCCAAGAAGAUGGCUCCACUGCGCAUCAAACUGGGAGCUCUGGGGCCGAAGAGGAAGAAGAGCAGUUCUAGUGACGAAGUGGACGAUGACGACUCGGAGCAGGAGAACUCCAGCGUCCACAGCUCCUCGGUUCGCUCCGACAGCUCCGGCCGCGUCAAGAAGAACAAGAGAGGACGGCCCAAGAAGAAGAAGAAAAUGCUGGGAGAUGAAGAGGGCGAGGGCUACGAAACGGACCAUCAGGACUACUGCGAAGUGUGCCAGCAGGGCGGCGAGAUCAUCCUCUGCGACACCUGCCCCCGCGCCUUCCACCUGGUGUGCCUGGAGCCCGAGCUGGAGAAGGCGCCUGCCGGCAAAUGGAGCUGCCCGCACUGCGAGAAGGAGGGCAUCCAGUGGGAGGCAAAGGAGGAGGACUUCGAGGAGUUCGAGGAGGAGGCCGAGGAGCCACCAGAGACGGUGGCCGCAGGGGAGGAGGAGGAGGACGACGACCACAUGGAGUUCUGCCGCGUGUGCAAGGAUGGGGGCGAGCUGCUCUGCUGUGACUCCUGCACCUCUUCUUAUCACAUCCACUGCCUCAACCCGCCCCUGCCCGAGAUCCCCAAUGGGGAGUGGCUGUGCCCGCGCUGCACAUGCCCGCCAAUCAAAGGGCGUGUUCAGAAGAUCCUGCACUGGCGGUGGGGCGAGCCCCCUCCACCUGUUCCUGUUCCCCCGCCUCCUGAUUCAGCCCCGGACGCACCCCUUCCACCUCCCAUGAAGGGGCGGCCGGAGAGGGAGUUCUUUGUGAAGCUCACGGGCCAGUCCUAUUGGCACUGCACCUGGAUCACAGAGCUGCAGCUGGAGAUUUUCCACUCGGUUAUGUUCCGGAACUACCAGCGCAAGACGGACAUGGACGAGCCCCCAAGUUUGGACUACGGCUCCGGGAAUGAGGAGGAUUCUGCGAAGAGCGAGAAGCGGCGAGCAAAAGACCCGCAGUACGCCAUCCUGGACGACAAGUAUUACCGAUACGGCAUCAAGCCCGAAUGGAUGAUGAUCCAUCGUAUAAUCAACCACAGUGUGGAUAAGAAGGGGAACUACUACUACCUGGUCAAAUGGAGAGAUCUGACCUAUGACCAAUGCACUUGGGAGAUAGAUGAUUUGGACAUCCCAGACUUCGGUGUGCACAAGUCAGCCUACUGGAAACACAGGGAUGAGAUCACGAAGGAGGACACAGACAAGCCGAGGAGGAGGAGGAGAGAAGAGGAGAACGAUGAGAACGAUGAUGAAUCUCCUCGAACACCUGUGACUGACCCCACCAUCAAGUACGAGGAGCAGCCGGACUUUGUGACGGUGACGGGGGGCACGCUUCACCUGUACCAGCUGGAGGGGCUCAACUGGCUGCGCUUCUCUUGGGCGCAGGGCACCGACACCAUCCUGGCUGACGAGAUGGGCCUGGGCAAGACCAUCCAGACCAUUGUGUUCCUCUACUCCCUCUACAAAGAGGGUCACACUAAGGGGCCUUUCCUUGUGAGCGCCCCCUUGUCCACCAUCAUCAAUUGGGAGCGUGAGUUUGAGAUGUGGGCGCCCGACUUCUACGUGGUGACCUACACCGGAGACAAGGACAGCCGAGCCAUCAUCAGGGAGAACGAGUUCACCUUCGACGACACGGCAAUCAAGGGAGGAAAGAAAACAUUCAGACUACGGAGAGAGGCUGUCAUUAAGUUCCAUGUGCUCCUGACCUCAUAUGAACUGGUGACCAUCGACCAGACUGCACUAAAAUCUAUCGACUGGGCCUGUUUGGUCGUGGACGAGGCCCAUCGUCUCAAAAACAAUCAGUCCAAGUUUUUCAGGAGGCUGAAUGAUUACAAGAUCGACCACAAGUUGCUGCUGACAGGCACUCCACUGCAGAACAAUCUAGAAGAACUUUUCCACCUGCUCAACUUCCUCACACCCAACCGCUUCAACAACCUGGAAGGCUUCCUGGAGGAGUUUGCGGACAUCUCCAAGGAGGACCAGAUCAAGAAGCUGCACGACCUACUUGGGCCCCACAUGCUGCGCCGGCUGAAGGCCGACGUCUUCAAGAACAUGCCGACCAAGACAGAGCUCAUCGUCCGCGUGGAGCUCAGCCCCAUGCAGAAAAAAUACUACAAGUUCAUCUUGACGAGAAACUUUGAGGCUCUGAACUCCAAAGGAGGCGGUAACCAGGUGUCUCUCCUCAACAUCAUGAUGGACCUAAAGAAGUGCUGUAACCAUCCCUACCUCUUCCCUGUGGCGUCUAUGGAAGCUCCCAAGACACCGAGUGGGGCCUAUGAGGGUGCAGCCCUUACAAAGUCUUCUGGGAAACUGCACCUGCUGCAGAAGAUGUUGAGAAAGCUGAAGGAUCAGGGCCACCGGGUGCUGGUGUUCUCACAGAUGACUAAGAUGCUGGACCUGCUGGAGGACUUCCUGGACUUUGAGGGGUACAAGUACGAGCGCAUCGACGGGGCCAUCACAGGAGCGCUCAGGCAGGAGGCUAUCGACAGGUUUAACGCUCCGGGGGCUCCACAGUUUUGUUUCCUUCUCUCCACACGGGCGGGCGGUCUGGGUAUCAACUUGGCCACAGCAGACACGGUCGUCAUCUUUGACUCCGACUGGAAUCCCCACAAUGAUAUUCAGGCAUUCAGUCGAGCCCAUCGUAUCGGCCAGGCCAAUAAGGUGAUGAUCUACCGCUUCGUGACGCGGGCCUCGGUGGAGGAGCGCAUCACGCAGGUGGCCAAGCGCAAGAUGAUGCUGACCCACCUGGUGGUGCGGCCCGGCCUGGGCUCCAAGGCAGGGUCCAUGACCAAGCAGGAGCUGGACGACAUCCUCAAGUUCGGCACCGAGGAGCUCUUCAAGGAUGAGAUCGAGGCGGGGGACAUCAAGGACGAUGAAAUGAGUGUGAUCCACUACGACAAUACUGCCAUUGAGAGGCUCCUGGACCGCAGUCAGGACGCCACGGACGACACUGACAUGCAGAACAUGAAUGAGUACCUGAGCUCCUUCAAGGUGGCCCAGUACAUGGUGAAAGAGGAGGACAAGGUUGAGGAGAUCGAGCGUGAGAUCAUCAAGCAGGAGGAGAACGUGGACCCUGACUACUGGGAGAAGCUGCUGAGGCACCACUACGAGCAGCAGCAGGAGGACCUGGCCCGCAACCUGGGCAAGGGCAAGAGGGUUCGCAAACAGGUCAACUACAACGAUGCAGCACAGGAGGACCAAGAGUGGCAUGCUGAUAUUUCAGAUAACCAGUCCGAGUACUCAGUGGGCUCGGAGGAGGAGGACGAGGACUUUGACGAGAGGCCUGAAGGACGUAGGCAGUCACGGCGGCAGCUCCGAAAUGAGAGGGAUAAACCACUGCCCCCCCUGUUGGCCAGAGUGGGGGGUAACCUGGAGGUUCUGGGCUUUAACACUCGUCAGAGAAAGGCCUUCCUGAAUGCUGUGAUGAGAUGGGGGAUGCCCUCACAGGAUGCCUUCUCCUCUCAGUGGCUGGUCAGAGACCUCCGGGGGAAGACUGAGAAGGAGUUCAAGGCGUACGUGUCUCUCUUCAUGCGGCAUCUGUGCGAGCCGGUGGCUGAUGGCUCAGAGACGUUUGCCGACGGCGUGCCGAGGGAGGGGCUGUGCCGGCAACCCGUGCUCACCAGGAUAGGGGUCAUGUCACUGGUCAAGAAAAAGGUGCAGGAGUUUGAGCACAUCAACGGUAAGUGGAGCAUCCCAGAGCUGAAGCCAGAGAUCAGCACGGACUCCAAGAAGUCAUCACGCGCCUCCUCCCCCGCCAUCAACACCUCCACGCCCACGCCGGAGCCCAGCUGCAACAACACCCCCUGCACCUCCACACCAGCGACCCCAGCUCCAGCGGAGAAGCCAGAGAAGAAUGGAAAAGAGGGAGAGAAAGAAGGAGAGGGUGAUGCCCAGCCUGAAUCUGAGAAGGAGAAAGAGAAAGAGAAAGAGAAAGACAAGGGCAAAGAAACAGAGGGAGAGAACAGCACAGAGAAGACUGAGAAUACAGAGCUUACUACGACCACUAAAGAGGGCACACAGGAGACACCCACCGGAGACAAGCCCGACUCGGCCGAGACCAGCGUAACCACCUCCACCACCACCACCUCCACCACCGCCACCGCCACCGCAGCCGAGGAGUCCAAACCUAAAGAGACGUCAGAGUCGCCCCCAGCGCCUCUCUCUGCGGAGAAGAAGGAGAAAGGAGAGGAGGAAGAGGAGGAGAAGAAAGGAGAGCUGGAGACGGCCACUGACAAAGCGAAACAGGAAGGCCCUGACGAUUCUCCACCCGUUAAAGAUGAGAAACCAGAGGCAGAGAAGGCGGAGAAACCCGAGGAGGAGAAAGAGAAGAGCGAGGAUGCCCCGGUUGCCGUGGAGAAGACCGACAACAAAGACAAGCCGGACGGCCAGGCCUUGGAGGUCAAGAAAGAGGAAGCCAAGGGUGACAAGGACGCCGGGAGAGAGGUCAAGGGUGACAAGGACGCGGGGAGAGAGGUCAAGGGGUUGAAGGAGGAUGCGCCAGCAGCUGUCAAGGGCAACGGGAAGGUGGAGCGGCCGCGCUUCAUGUUCAACAUCGCUGACGGAGGUUUCACAGAGCUCCACACUCUGUGGCAGAAUGAGGAACGGGCGGCCAUCCAGUCAGGCAAGAUGAACGAGAUCUGGCACCGGCGCCAUGACUUCUGGCUGCUGGCAGGCAUCGUGCUUCACGGUUACGCACGGUGGCAAGACAUCCAGAAUGACCCGCAGUUCGCCAUCGUCAACGAGCCCUUCAAGACGCAGGCCAACAAGGGGAACUUCCUGGAGAUGAAGAAUAAGUUCCUGGCAAGACGGUUUAAGCUGCUGGAGCAGGCCCUGGUGAUCGAGGAGCAGCUGCGGCGGGCGGCCUACCUGAACAUGACGCAGGACCCCACGCACCCCGCCAUGGCCCUGAACGCCCGCUUCGCAGAGGUCGAGUGCCUGGCCGAGUCCCACCAGCACCUCAGCAAGGAGUCGCUGGCCGGCAACAAGCCUGCCAACGCAGUGCUGCACAAGGUGCUGAACCAGCUGGAGGAGCUCCUGAGCGACAUGAAGGCGGACGUGACGCGGCUCCCUGCCACCCUGUCGCGCGUGCCCCCCAUCGCCGCCCGCCUGCAGAUGUCCGAGAGGAGCAUCCUCAGCCGCCUCGCCAACAAGGGCACGGAAACACACACUCCACCGUCGAUCCCGCCGGGACCCUACGCCACCCCUCAGAAUUACGGCGCCCCCUUCACCCCCGCGCCACCAGGGGGCAUGCCUCUGGGACCGGCCAACUACAGCCAGAUGCCCCCGGGGUCCUUCAUAUCAGUGCUUAAUGGCCCUCCCAUGAUGGUGAAGAAGGAGCAGCGUGAGGCUGAGCUGAUGAUGGCCCAGCGGGGGAGGGAGCAGAGGAGCGGAGAGGUCAUCUGCAUCGACGACUGAGUCCGACUGAAGUCCCUUAUGUAGACCUCAAACACACACACACAUAAACACUCUCACACAGCUGGGUCGUGCUUCUAUGCUAAGAAGAUCUUGCCACCUGAAUGCUUUUGCAUAUGACAUACACACACUGACAUACAUAAACAUAUGCAGACAUGCAUGCACACACACACACACACACACACACAC